GGCAAGGUGUCGGAUGCCCGGUUGGUGCGUGAACGCUUACAGAAAAUUUCCGCAGAAUUAUUGCGUUUGGACGAGUCGUGGAUGAACAUGAAGAUUGGAAGCAUGUCAGCCUUUGACAUCCGGCUGAUUACAUCUUGUAUCACCUUGUUGGCCAUUGACCUCGUUCCACACAAAGCCAAUGAGUUGAAAUUCAACUUUGCCAGGGUCAGUGCUCAGUCCUUUGCAGUGCGUGGCAAAACGCAGAAGAAUAUCUACAGAGAAGACUUGCAGUUGAGCAUGGAGGAGAAGGACCGCAAGGCCCGGUUGAGUGCAGCCUCCCUGGCCGCCGAGCUGGCGGAAGACAGGUCAAUGGAGGAGCCGCAGGUGACAGCUGAGGAACCCGCAGAAAUCCCGGAGCCCGAAAGCGCACAGCUGGUGGAGAUUGAGAUCAAUAUGGCCAAUGCUCCAAACUUUAAGAGUGGCUGGGUGUAGGGCGACGGAUGCUGAGCGGAUGUAGCCGUAACGUUCUGUUACUGUUACGUUCUGUUAAUAAAUCUUGAACACAAACUGGCAUCCCUUUGACUCGCCAAAGGCGAGUGAACAUUGGGAUGAGGCGUGGCUCACGGAAUCAGGCGACCUCUAGGUUUGCCUUUUACAUGGGCAGGUGUCUGCGCCACCUUUUCCUUAAAUGACCUGUCCUCAAGGACUGCUGCCAGUUUUCAGCGCGGUGCUGAACA